CUCAGUUGUUCGAAUCGCGUUGUUGAUGGUUGAUGGUGGAUUCGUCCGGCUUCGGUUUUCGCCGGGUCCGUUAAAGCUACGAAUUUACGAGUUCGAAGCACGUGUGAGAAUAGUCGUACGGUCGACCUCAAACUUCCUAUUCUCCCAAAGAAGAGACUAUGCAAAUAUAUGCAGCAUAAAUUAAAUCGAUUUAAGUCCGCAUAAGAUUCAAACUAAAGCCAAAAUAUUACGCAUAUUACAAUAAUUGCUGUUCUGCCCACCACACGCACACACGAACACCCCGGGAGGGACGAUUGCGUUUGUUUGGGUGCUCUGGCGACAUCUGUUUUCAGGAGUGUGUGCGAAUCCAAUUUCCGCCGUACCCGGCGUUCAGCAGCGUUUAUCCGCUGCGCCGGAGUGGCCCAGAUUUUAAUUGCGUCGCCAUCCCCAUCGUUUUCUUCCCUCAAGUUCAGGGCCGGGACGGGAAACCACUGCAAACGCAAAUUAAAUCAGUGAAUGGCUAAAGCAUGGUGGGCCAGGACUACACAGCGCUCGCUGGCUGCUCCGCAUUGGCUUUUGUUCUGUACCUAAACACAUUUAACGCUGGAUUUGUCUACGAUGACAGGCGUGCCAUCUUGGCCAACGGCGACGUGACAGGAGCGCGAACAUUGGCGGGGAUUUGGAGGAAUGACUAUUGGGGCACUCCACUGGCGGACAGUGGCUCCCACGGCUCCUGGCGCCCGCUGUGUGUGCUCAGCUUUCGUCUCAACUUCCUGGCGGGUGGGCUGGCGGCCACUGGCUACCACGUAACCAACGUGCUGCUCCACUGCCUGGCAACGUGGCUGGUGGUGCUCGUGGGGCGCACCCUGUUCCCAAGCCGUGCCGGUGUCCUGGCCGCUGGCGCUCUCUUCGCCGCACAUCCCGCACACACGGAGGCGGUUGCCGGACUGGUCGGUCGUGCCGAUCUGGCGGCUUGCGUCUGCUAUCUGCUCACGUACCUGACCUAUCAGCGGCACAUGCGGAGCCGGGAGUGGAGCUCCCUGGCCCUCACCCUGCUGCUCGCUCUGGCCGCGCUGCUCUGCAAGGAGACGGCCAUCACGGCCGUGCUGCUCUGCGGACUUUGCGACGUGCUGCGCGGCCUGGAACAGUCCGAUAAGUUCCGCCUUCGCUCGCUGUGCAUUCUGAGCGUCUUCCUCUUCUGUGCCCUCUACUGCCGUUUGAGCCUGCUGCCCCGACCUGCCUCGCCCUUUGCGGCCGCUGAUAAUCCGACGGCCCACGAGGCGUGCUGGUGGACGCGGACUCUGACAUUCCUGUACCUGCCAGCUGCGAACUUCCGGCUGCUGCUGUGGCCGCAGGUCCUCAGCUUCGACUGGGGCAUGGAGGCCGUGCCGCGGAUCAGAACGCUGUGGGCAGCGCGGAACCUGCUGAGUGUCGGGUUUUACGGCUCUCUGCUGGCCGUGGUCUGGCGGGACGCCCGUUUUCGCUCGUGCUCCCCCGUGGACUAUGCGGCUGUGGCAAAUAUUUCGCUGCCGCUGCUGAGGCGCGUUGGAAGCAACAGCUGCCACACCUGGCUGGGCUUGCCUUGCAACUGCCACCAUCAACUGGCGGAGGAAUCCCGAUCCGUGCAAAGUCCGCAGUCGAUUGGGGGCACUGCAGCCAACAGUUCCUCUUCGUCGGUGCCUCUGAUGGGUGUGGCCUUCCUGGUGCUACCCUUCCUGCCAGCCAGCAAUUUGCUUUUCCACGUGGGAUUCGUGCUGGCCGAGCGAUUGCUUUACCUUCCCAGCGUGGGCUACUGCCUGCUCUUCGGCUUUGGCUUCGGCAAGCUGUGGCACCGCUCCAAGGGCUCCUCUAGGAUGCUGCUCCUCUGCUGCCUGGGCGUGCUGCUGGGCGCCUUCAGCCUACGCACCGUGCGCCGCAACCUGGACUGGCGGGACGAGGAGCAGCUCUACCGAAGCGCCAUUCCCGUGAACCCACCCAAGGCUCUGGGCAAUCUGGGCAGCGUCCUGAGUGCCCACGGACGCUAUGAGGAGGCGAAAGUGGCUCUGACGGCGGCCAUCGCACAUCGGCCCCACAUGGCGGAUGCGCACUUUAAUCUGGGCGUUGUGCAUCAGAAACAGCUCAACUUCAGCUCGGCUGUCUCCAGCUACCGGCGGGCCAUCGGGCUGCGUCCACAGCUGGCCGUUGCAUUCCUGAACCUGGGCACAUCCCUGCUGUCCCUGAGCAGUCAGCAUGCGGAUGCCGUCUCCGUCUUCCGGUCUGGAGCGCGACUUGAGGGGCAUGGGGUACGAGAUCGUGUGGCCCAUGAGGAUGCACGCUAUGCCUGCUACCUGCAACUCAGUUCCCUGCUGCGCUCCAGGAACAGACUACGAGAAUCAGCGGCAAUGCUGACAGAAGCGCUGGAAGUCCUCUUGCAGCCACGACAGGACCAGCGAGCGACGCUGCAUUUUCGCUUGGGCGAGAUCUAUGCGGAGAUGGAACAUUGGGAGGAGGCUGAGCGGCACCAACGGUUGGGCAUGCAACUGCAACCACAGCACGGUGCCGCUUAUGUGACCUUUGGCCAGACGUUGGCUAGGAAUAGCAGUCGCCAUGCAGAGGCGGAGCUCUGGUUCAAACGGGCACUCCAGACAGCACCCUUGGAGCCCAGCUCCCAUCAUUACUAUGCUGAUUUCCUGGAGCAGCAAGAUCGUUACCAGGAGGCACUCAGCCUCCGGUUGAGAGCUGCCGCUUUGGCGCCCAAGGACUACGUCCUGUCUUCCGCCGUAGCCGAUGCACUGCGCCUGCUGAACCGCUUGAUCGAGGCGGAGCUGUGGUACCGCAAGGCGGUCAGCCUCCUGCCGCUGGCAGCCCACGCACACGCCAAUCUGGGUGCCAUUCUGCAGAUGCGCGGCUUCAGGCAGGAGGCUGUGAAUAGCUAUCGCAGGGCCCUGGAACUGCAGCCAGGACACGCCACCAGUCGGGCCAAUCUGGCGAGAAUGAAGGCAGGCAUGGACACCAACACGUAGCACGUGGCCUCCAGGCAGGGCAGGGCAGAGCUUUACUUGUUGAGAUUAGGAGCAAAUAUUUGUAGAUAGCAAUUGAAGGAACUGAACUCGAGAUUAAUUAAGGGACUGCUGGGAGUCCA